AUGCUUCAGGCCACCGUACUCGGGGACGGAGUGUCACCAGGUCACGUCCUGUAUGCGCGUGCGGGCAGCAGUUCGACCAGCGGCACGCAUGGGCCGUCGCAAGAAGCCUCGGGCUCGAGCAGCAGCAGCAGUUCCCGCGCGCCAAUCCACCAGACGUUUGCGCCACUAUCUCUCGAGGAGGGCUCGGUCUCCAACGCCACCGACGAGGCACUCACCUGGAGUGGGAGGAGCGUGACCUGGUCGCGCGGGGUGGAGAUCUUCCGGCGGUUCACGUACGAGCACCAGAGCGAGAAGGUGGCCUACGCCGCGUUCGUGUGGUUCCGACCACCGGGCGACGAGGGCGCAGCGGCACCCAGCACACCCAAGGCCCCCGACGCAUCCUCUACUUUUGGCCCGUUCCACACGUCGCAGCACGCGCAAUGGGGUGCGAAGAGCGCCGAGCUCCGCCCGUCCGCUACGGGCCUACAACGUGCCGUGGUCGUCUUCCUCGCGUCGUACGCCUUUGUCUACUUCGCCUCGGGUCAGGACACGAAGAUUGCCCUCCCGUGGCCUGUGGAGCGGUGCUGGGCCCUCCCGGACGGCGGCGCGCUCGUACAGCGCGCGCUUGAGCGGCGCGAGCAGAAACGGCUCGCCGAGACCAAGGGGCGUAAACCCCGUCGAAGCUCCUUCGCCGACCGUACCGGCGUCAGCGUGCUCGACGACCUCGUCGACCGCGAGGACGCCAAGGCGCCAAAACUCCCCCGCCUCUUCACCUUCACCGACAUCUUUGGCGAGUUCAAGUGGGUCGCCGAGGCGGAGAUCGGCGGCGGGUUCGGCGACGAAGAGCCAAGUCUAGCCGCCAACGCGUCGACGACCAAAAUCCCAAUGACCCAGUCGAUUAUCUACGUCGCGCCGGCGCCAUACCCGCUUCUCGUGGCGUACGACCACGAGGAGGGUCAGUUCCUGUUCUACCGGCGCGCGCGGAUCCCCCUCCCGGAGACGAAUGAUAUGCCGCCGACGAGCAGCGUCAAGAGUAUGCGACCCGAGGAGCUGCUGCGCGCAACUGAACUACCACCCCCGCCCUCCAGUCGGCGAGGCGGGCGGGCCUCGCUUAGCCGCUCGACACUGGGCGUGCCGACAGAUCGCCGGGUCUCGGGCUUUGGCGGUGCCGGCGUGCCAACAGAUCGGCGGGUGUCGAGCUUGGGCGGCGCCGACCUGCUGGACCGCUCGCGGCGCAAGGCGUCGCGCGCGUCCAUGGCUAACGAGAUUGAAGCCGAUGACGACCCGUUCGCUGGGCCUGCUGCCGCCGCAUUUGGCUCGUCCCGCCGCGUGACACGCGUCAGCAGCUUUGGGACAGAGACAAAGUCACAGCGGCUUUCGAUGGCCGGCAAGCGCCGCGAUGACGCGAGGGACUACCCACGCUUAUCGCUCCAUGUCAUGGCCGAGGACUUGGGUGAGACGACCAUGAUCAUGGGCCUGGAUAAGGAGCAGCUCGAGCUGCGCAGUGAGAUUGUUGUCGAGCGUGUGUACUCGUGGCGACCACCUGGCGAUGUAGACCUCGACGCCGCGCGCGUGUUCCUGUCCGAGAACCGCUCACCGCAAUCAGCGCACCUCAACCUUGUGUUGACGUUCACCAACCUGCCCACGACAUUAUUCACAUUCGGUGUAGAGGAGGUGUCCCAGCCGAGCCCGGCAUUCGUGUUCAAUGCCUUCCGAGGAGUGCACUGCGUCGCGGCCGUCCCCGUCCUGGCCACACGAUCAAACGUCCUGGAUACACUCCUGCUCGCGGAGGACGGAUCACUCAACCUCUUCUCGGCGUCGUCCCACCAGAUGGCGGUCCAGAUUCCGCGGGUGUUGACCGCCGACGGACGCGACGAAGUUGCGCACAAGCUCGCAGCGAGCCUGAGCAUGGUCCUUGACGGCGACGGUGAGGUCGUGUCAAGCGAGAGACGUGUGGUGGACCUCCUCGAUGCGUCUGGAUCCAAAGUCACCGUGGUGUACAGUGACGGAGACAGACUGCGUGUUUCGCUCGAUUUCGAGCCGGCCCAGGGCGUGGCGUGUCGAUGUCUCGAAGCGUUGUCAUACGCCCUGUCGCAGAACGAGUUUGCCCAGCUGUCGGAGGCGUUCCUCGCCGAGUUGCAGCAGCAGAUGGCGCCGCAGCGAAGCGAGGUCGAGACCCAGUGGCGUACCCUUUCCAAUGUCCUCUACACCAUGUGCGGCCUCACUCCCUCGCCUGAACACGACACCCGCGUCGAAUUGUUGUCCGGCUGGUCUACGCAGUCGGACCCCGUGCUCCGACGAUUGGCGCAGCGGAUAAAAAUGGUAGAAAGGACACCGGCGUCGACAACAGCCGACACCGUGAGGCCACACUCCCUCACCCCAAACGUACUCCUCGCCCUCCACCUCGUGGCGCAAGACUCGCGGCUGUCGUCGGCCACAGCAUCGUGGCUCACCCACCUCGCACCGGUCCUGCUACGACUAUCAGCCGCUAUUGGGCGCGAAGACUGGGUUGACUACUGGCGUCGCUUGAUGCCAGGCGCAUUGGCCGGCACGCCCCUGGCAUACCCAAGUCGACCAGUCGACCACCCACUCCUGGACCAGUUCCACGAACCACCAGACAUCCUCCUCUACCUCUCCCGCCUCCUCAUGUGGCCUACGCGGCCAUUCCCAUCACCUCAAUCCUGCUUCCCGAAUGCCUCUCCCCUCGGCUCGCCAGAUCCUUGCAAGCAGACUCGCCUUGUCGCCACAAUCUACUCGACGUUGACGCACUCGCCAGAGUCCCGCCGAGGUGGCACCCUCGUCCCGAUAGAGAAACGCGCCAUCACCGCAGUCAAGAUCAUGGUCGACAAUGGUGUCGACACCGCGUGGCUCGCAGAUCUGCCAUUUGGCGUCGCCAUGCCCCUCCAGGAGAUUGUCCGGGUCGCCCAGGUCAACCCUUCGAAAGACGUCUCUCCCCAAGUGUUCGAGUUUGUCGAUCGCAAGGACCUGGCCUCGAUUUACACGGCCGACAAGGUGUCGACCACAGACCUGCCCAUGGGACCCGAGUCUGGGCCAAAGAAGCCGCCGACCAUUGGUGAAAUCGUAGCCUCUGUGACUGGCGAGACGUCCAAGCACGCCCACUUUGCCGCACUGCCACAUGUCCGCUUCGGUGUCGACAAGCGUGUCGAGGAGGUCGAGCGUAUCAUGCAGACGACGCAUCAACGAACCAUCGCUGUCGAGGACCCCAAGGGCGCAAGCGAACAAGACAUCAUGCAGUACCACCAAAGCGUGGUCAACACGAUUGCCAACCGCACAUUGGCCAUCACUGUCGGCCAGGGCAUGUUCCACUACAGCUCACGAUCGGCCACAAUCACAGACCCUUGGAAUAUUCCGCUCAUCGAGCUCGCUGUCAAGGUCGUACCUGGCAACAAUGUCAUCAAGGCGCAGAUCCCGGAGGGUGCCGACUGGCCAUGCUUCCACAAUGGCGUGUCCGCUGCCCUCUCCAUUUCAUCCGACUCCAAGGGUAUUGACGCGUCGUGGAUCGCGUUCAACCGUCCCGAUACACCAUCGGCAGACCAUGCGGGCUUCCUCCUUGGUCUUGGUCUCACUGGCCGCCUGCGGACCAUGAACGCCAUCGGCGUCUUUCCCUACUUGGAGCUCCGCCACGACAUGACGUCUGUUGGCCUGCUGCUUGGUCUCGGCGCAUCGUUUGCCGGUAGCUGCGACCCCCAGGUCACUCGUAUGGUGUCAUUGCACGCUGCUGCGCUGCUUCCACUUGGAUCGAUGGAGCUCAACGAGUCACCGGUUGUCCAAUCGACCGCCCUGGUCAGCCUCGGUCUCAUCUACGUGGGCAGCAAGAACCUCCACAUGGCCGAGGUUGUCCUGGGCGAGAUUGCACGCUCCGAGAUGCCUAGGGUGGACGGCUUCACAGAGAGCCGUGAAGCCUACUCGUUCUCGGCGUCAAUGGCCUUUGGCCUAAUCAUGCUCGGUCGCGGUGGAUCAUCGUCCAGCGAGACUGAACGUGGGCUGCUGGCGCAGCUCACGCCUUGCAUCCAUGGUGAUGCGCCACGAGUACACGGCGGCAAGAACAAGCGCACGGCGUCCCACAUUGACGCCACUGUCACUUCACCGGGAGCGACGCUCGCCCUCGGUCUCAUGUACCUCAAGACGGGUCGACAGGACAUUGCCGACCUGCUCGAAAUCCCACAGACUGCGCUCGCGUUGGAGAGCGUUCGACCCGACCAGCUUCUGAUCCGCACAUAUGCCCGUGCCCUCAUCCUCUGGGACGACGUAAAGCCCCAGAUGGAGUGGGUGGAUGCUCAACUGCCAGCCUUCAUCCAAUCCCUGCACCACGGCCACAAGCGCACGAGCGGCAUGGAGCUCAACACGGAACUGGCCUACCUCAACAUCAUUGCAGGGGCGUGUCUCGGCCUCGGCAUCCGAUUUGCAUCAACCGCCAACGAAGCAGCGCACGUCAUCAUCCUCACGUUCUUCGGCGUCCUUGGCAAGGCGGCGGCUGGACAGUCCAUGACGUACGAGGGCAGGAUCAGGAGAAAUACUGCGCGGCAGGCGCUCAACAUUCUGACCCUCGCCCUCGCCACACUCAUGUCUGGCACUGGUGAGCUCAACGUCAUGCGCCGGCUCCGUGUCUCCCAUGGCCAAGAGGGAGCAGGCGUGACAUAUGGCUCGCACAUGGCCAUGCACAUGGCCCUGGGUCUGUUGUUCCUUGGCCGAGGCUACUUCACCCUGGGCAACUCGAAUCUCGCCAUCGCCGCUCUUAGCAUCUCCUUCUUCCCUCGCUUCCUCGCGUCGCCGAUGGACAUCAAGGCGUAUCCCCAGGCGUACAGGCACCUCUGGGCGCUCGCCGUCGAGCCACGCUGCCUCAUUGCUCGUGACGUCGACACGCGAGAGUCGAUCUUCAUGCCCAUCAAGAUCAAGGUGCGGGGCAGAGCUGGAGAGCAGAAUCUCAUCUCGCCGACACUGGUGGCACCGUUUGACACCAUCGUGUCCAUCACGGUCGACUCGCCACGAUACUGGCCUGUGACCUACGACCUAUCCAACCCGCGCGACCGCGACAGUCUGGUACGCUCGCGCACGAUCUGGGUCAAGCGCAAGUCUGGGUUCCUCGACUACAACUUUGACCCGCGUGGUUACCGGAGCAUGUUUGUGCGGGCCGGAACAAUGGCUGGGUUCGACAUGCAGUACGACCUGGUAUCUCCGGCCGCGCCGAUUCAACUAGCGUCGACCGAAAUUGUUGAGCUCAUCUCACUGCACACUGGCGACUCGGUCAUUGUCGGCAUGGUCAAGCGGUUCGCGGGCUCAGCAUGGCUCGAGUCGUUUGUUCGCUACGUGCUGUUCGAGUGCGUGUCCGUCGACAAGCCGUCGAUGCUGGGCGUGUACCUGUCCAUGGCGCUGGCUCUGGGAUCGAGCGACGAGCUCAAACUGGAACGACUGGCACAAGUAGCUUUCCUGCUGCGGUUCUACCGCCCGACCGUGUUCGAACGAGAGUACUCGACGCUGGGUGGGGAGAAACGCCACCCCAUCUUGAGACAGACGUUCCUGCACGCGCUGCAGCUUCGCCUCACCGCCCGGCAGGGGACCCAAGAGUCGCAGGUGGCGUAUCUGCGUGGCGCGAACCCGACACCCGCCGAGGUCGCCGCGCUGGCAGUGUACCUCGCACACAACCACGUUCCCGCGCGACGGCUCCUCCAGGCGCUGUCCCAGCUAGUUCCCGCCGCCGCGGCUGCCGGGUCGUCGGGAACCGAGCUUGAGAUCAAGGCGCGCGAGGCGUCGGACAAGUACGCGACGGCGGUCCUUGAGCAGUUUGACGCAGAGGAGGACACGCUGCCUGCAGACCUCGGUGCGUGGAAGCUGCCCAGUGUGAGAGCGGCACUGGGAGCGUGGGCGAGUGCGUAG